AUGUUUUUUAUUAAAGACCUUUCGCUUAAUAUUACCCUUCAUCCGUCCUUUUUUGGCCCCCGAAUGAAGCAAUAUCUGAAGACAAAACUAUUGGAAGAGGUUGAAGGUUCGUGUACGGGUAAAUUCGGAUAUAUCCUUUGUGUGCUAGACUACGAUAAUAUAGAUAUUCAACGUGGAAGAAUAUUACCCACCGAUGGGUCGGCUGAAUUUAACGUGAAAUAUAGAGCAGUAGUUUUCAAACCAUUCAAAGGGGAAGUAGUGGACGGUACAGUCGUUUCAUGUUCUCAGCACGGGUUCGAAGUGCAAGUAGGCCCAAUGAAAGUAUUUGUGACAAAGCAUCUGAUGCCUCAAGAUUUGACCUUUAAUGCAGGUUCAAAUCCUCCAUCAUACCAAAGUUCAGAAGAUGUCAUUACAAUAAAAAGUAGAAUUAGAGUUAAAAUUGAAGGUUGUAUUAGUCAAGUGAGUUCCAUCCACGCAAUCGGUAGUAUCAAAGAAGAUUAUUUGGGUGCUAUUUAA